GUGGAAUCGCGCUUAGCUUCUGUGGUGUGUGCGUGUGUAUGUCUUCUGGCGAUGGGCUUCCACUGCCGCUGCCUUCUCGCCGCUUCUCUGCUGCAGAAAGAAGGAUCGGUGGAUGGCUUCAUCAACAUCGACUGCGGCGCAUCUGAAGAUGCGAUAGGCACAUGGCCUGGGUUGGAUUAUAAGUCUGACAAAUAUAUGAUGGAUUCAGGAAUGAGCUAUCAAAUAUCACCAGAGCUUCGUGCGGGUUUGGCAUCACAAUACUGGAGUUUGAGAAGCUUUCCAAACGGCACAAGGAAUUGCUAUCAUCUUGCACCAGAUCAGAACCAGAUGAAAGAACAGAGCAGUAGUAAAAGAUAUCUGAUCAGAGCUUCGUUUGUGUAUGGCGAUUAUGACGGCUUAAACACCACCCCGAUCUUUGACCUGUAUCUGGGCGUGAACUUCUGGACUACUAUAAGACUAAGUAGUCUAACUCUAGAUGCUGUUACUCCUUCUUCUUCCAAUUCCGCCGGCGGCAUGGAUUAUCUGGACGUCUGUUUAGUUAACACUGGAAUCGCGAAUGGAGUGCCUUACAUUUCUGCCUUGGAAUUACGACCAUUGGACAUCUCCCUUUACCCAACUGAUCCCAGUGACCACGCAAAACCCUUGCGACUUUCGGCACAGAUGGACAUUGGAGGCACCAAACAAAUUCGAUACCCGCAAGAUGUUUUUGAUCGAUAUUGGGAAGGUUACGAAUGUGAUAAUGCAUUUGGUGAUAAUUCGAUAUUGGUGUCAACGGAGGCGUCUAUAACCGAGAGCAACGAUGAUCCACACAAGGUGCCGCCGGCUCUGUUGCAAACGGCAUGUCGUGCCACCAAUUCCAGCUUUCCAUUGGAGUAUACCUGGACGCCUAGGGAAGGGAGUAAUUCUCGGUAUUACUUUUGCUUUCAUUUUGCAGAGAUUGAGAAGCUUCCAUCUGGGCAGUUUCGAGAAAUGAGUAUUACAUUCAACGAUGUUCAUACCAUCACCAGCUCCAUUAAACUGCUCCAAUAUCUCACCCCACAAUCCCUUUGCUCAAAAGGCUAUGAUGUGGUUCUUAACCAAGUUAAUAAAUUGUCAAUUUCUGCAACCUCUGCCUCUUCCCUCCCUCCUAUCCUUAAUGCCAUUCAGAUUUUCUAUACCAUGGACACUACUAAUUCACUCACCUUCUCCGAAGAUGUGAAUGCAAUAAGGGACAUCAAGAGCCAUUACAAGUUGAGUAAAAAUUGGCAGGGAGAUCCUUGUGAACCGCCAGCAUUCUCCUGGGAGGGAUUGACUUGCAGCAAUAACACUNCCAAGAUGCGGUGGGUUUGGACAGUUGCUCAUAUAUACGUGUACUUUUGUGCAGUGAAUGCAAUAAGGGACAUCAAGAGCCAUUACAAGUUGAGUAAAAAUUGGCAGGGAGAUCCUUGUGAACCGCCAGCAUUCUCCUGGGAGGGAUUGACUUGCAGCAAUAACACUAACCCCCCUUCUUGGCCUAGAAUCAUUUCACUUAACUUAAGCAACAGCAACUUGACAGGAGAUAUCCCAGCUUCCAUCUCCCUUCUUAGAGCAAUCAACUCCAUAGAUCUAUCCUAUAACGAGUUGAAAGGAGGAAUACCNAGGAACGCAUUGAAUGCAACAAGGGACAUCAAGAGCCAUUACAAGUUGAGUAAAAAUUGGCAGGGAGAUCCUUGUGAACCACCAGCAUUCUCCUGGGAGGGAUUGACUUGCAGCAAUAACACUAACCCCCCUUCUUGGCCUAGAAUCAUUUCACUUAACUUAAGCAACAGCAACUUGACAGGAGAUAUCCCAGCUUCCAUCUCCCUUCUUAGAGCAAUCAACUCCAUAGAUCUAUCCUAUAACGAGUUGAAAGGAGGAAUACCAGAAUCCUUGGGCCUAUUACCACAGCUGCAAUAUCUUAUUUUGAGUGGGAAUAAACUCACUGGUGUAGUUCCUGAAACUCUUCUCCAGAAGUCCAAAGAUAGCACUUUAGUUUUAAGUGUGGAAGGAAAUCCUGAACUCUGUUGGUCGCCUCCAUGCAACCUGCACAGAAAGAAGCAGUUGACCAUUCCAGUUCCUAUUUUUUGCGGCGUGAUAGCAGCCCUUGUCCUGGAGAUAUCCCAGCUUCCAUCUCCCUUCUUACAGCAAUCAACUCCAUUUGAAAGGAGGAAUACUGAAGGAGGAUUUGGGAAAGUUUUUCUGGGUGUUCUUGAAGACCAAACCACGGUGGCUGUGAAGGUGCUUUCACCAACCUCACAACAAGGCUACAAAGAAUUUCAAGCAGAGGCACAACUUCUUAUGGUUCUUCAUCAUUGCAACUUGGUUUCUCUUCUUGGAUACUGUGAUGAAGGCGAUCACAGGGCACUUAUUUAUGAAUACAUGGCUAAUGGCAGUUUAGAACAAUAUGUAUCAAACAGAAAUACAAACUCAAAUAUGAAUGUUCUUAGCUGGGUUGGAAGAGUUCUAAUUGCAGUGGAUGUAGCUCGGGGAUUGGAGUAUUUACACAAUGGCUGCAAACCCCCAAUCAUACAUAGAGAUCUAAAACCUGCCAACAUAUUAUUAGACAAGACAAUGCAUGCUAAAAUAGCUGAUUUUGGAUUAUCCAGAACCUUUUUAACUGAAAAUCAAUCUCGACUUUUAACUCGUCUCGCUGGUACUCCUGGAUAUCUCGAUCCUAUAACUCAUACUCAUGGAAACGUUAAUAAGCAAAGUGAUGUGUAUAGCUUUGGGAUCAUCAUGCUUGAGCUGAUCACUGGACAACCUGCAGUAACAAAAUCUUCUCAGGGGAACUUUUACCUAUUGAACUGGGUGGAGUCUGUGAUCAGAACAGGAGAUAUUGAACACAUUGUUGAUUCCAAGUUAGGAGGAGAUUUUGACAAAAACUCAGCUUGGAAAAUCAUAGAACUUGCCAUGUCGUGCACACAGCCAAAUGCUGUGCAGAGGCCGGACAUGAGCCAUGUUUUGGAGGAGCUCAAGGAGUGCUUGGCAGUCCUUCAAAGUACUUCAACACAAACUCGUGUCAUGUCCACUAGAGUCCUCUCAGAAUCUGAAAUAGCUCCUUCUUCAAGGUAGUCUACACAUAAAACCCAUUAGGACUCGAAACUAACCGGACCGACCGAACCCAAACCGAUCUAUUUUGUCAUUAGUUGGAAAUUGGUUCGACUCUUAUUUUUACUAGACUGAAUGGUUUGAUUCGGUUCUCGAUUUGGCUCAAGACUGAUAAAAUCGAACCGAGUAUCACCUCUAUCAUGUAUAAAUAUAAUAGUGAUGUAGUAUAACCGACUUUUAGAUAUUUAAUCAUAUUUACUUCGA